UACUGCCAAGGUUCGCUGCUAAACCUGUUGCUUCCUUGCUUUUAAAGACCUUUUUUUAUUUCUCUAAUUUCAAUUUACACGUCCCUUUCUUCCUUUUUCUCUCUUUCGCUUAAUACACUCCCUCCUACUAUGAAACUUUUGUCUGUUGCUACCUCUGCCUUGCUUGCUCUCGGCUCCAUCGUUUCAGUCGUCAACGCUGAUUCUUAUUCUGAUGCUAUGAAGGAGUUCUGUGGCGGUAUCACCAUCACCUAUCCUCAAAAGACCACCGUUGUCAAGGCUGGUAGUGCAACUAAAGUUUCUGUCACCCGUGUGCCCAACGCUCACUUCAAGACCAUCACCGGUCUCGAUCUUUACAAGGUCACCAACGGCAAGGCCCAGUACCUUAAGAACAUCUGGCACGGAAACUACACCUUGAACACCCAGGCAUCCAUUCAGGAUAAAUUGGAUGCUAGCAAUGCUGCUGGUCUCUACUACUAUCGCGUUUGGGUCACCAACAUCAUGGGUGGUGAACACGGUCCUGACUGCACACCUACCUCACCCACCUUCAAGGUCACCAGCGCCAGCGGCCACACCAACGCCGACGGCAGUGUCACUGAGGAUGACCUCAAUGAUCCCACUCUUUACCACCCCGACUACCAAAAGGGUUGUUUCGGUCUUGAUGUGAAGUACCCUGCUGAAGGUCAAACUAUUGACAUUGGCAAGCACCUUCGUCUCCAACUCGAACGUGAUAGCGCUUCUCAAACCGACGAGUUGUUGCAAGUUGAUCUGUUCAAGGGUGACCCCAGCAACCAAGGCCAAUUCGUCCAGAACGUUUGGACCGGCGAGGAAUCUAUCAACAACAUCCUCACCCUCAAGGACCACAUGGUCCUUCCUAGCAACGUUACAAACGAUGGUGAUUUCUUCUACAGCAUCAAGGUCAGCUCCGACAAGGUCGACAAGGCCGAAGAUGCUUGCACCUUCUACUCCAAGGGCUUCAAGAUUACUGGAACCUCUGCUUAAAUGCCAGCCUUGAAUUUUCUGCCUUAAUUCUUUUUAUAAGCAGUAGAAAAAAAAAAAUAGGGAAAGAGACAGUAAUA